CCAAGAUGGCAUCAACUUGCGCUAUCGUUAUUUUGUAUAACCACGUGACUUUCCCACUGCGAGGAUUGCAAUCAAAUUCAAAUUGCAAUCAAAUUAAAAAAUCAUUUCAAAUCUUAUUAAAGAGGUUGUUAUAUUCAUUUACUUAAAAUGGAACAUAAGCAAAAAAUGUUAAAAAUUGGAGCAAGGUUAACACAUCACAAUGUUAUAGAAAUAAAGUAUCUCUUUGCAGAUAAGAUUGGUGAUGGUGUUCUUGAAACCAUUAAAGAUGGUUUGGAUAUGAUCAGAGUACUUGAACGUAUUGGCACUAUUGAUAAAGAUAAUUAUAAAGAAUUAAUUGAUUUACUUGAGAGUUUGGGUAGAAAAGAUCUCAUUUCAAUCAUUGAUCCUCAGCCUCAACAGUCGAUUUGGAGCAAUAUAAAUACUAAUAUGGAUGAAUUAAGUAUCGAAAGUAUUAUAUCUAAGUUGAAGAAAGUAAAAGAAUUAGCGUCAUGUGCAUUUGGAAAGGUCUAUCUUUGCAUAAGUGAAAAUACAGGCAAAAGUUUAGUUAUGAAAUGUAUUGAGACUGAAAAUAUUGAUAAUAAUGCUAAAGCAAAACAAGAAGUUGAAAAAUUUAAACAAGAAAUUUUACUUUUUAAAGAAUUAGACCAUGAACGAAUUGUGAAAUAUUAUGGUACUACUUAUACUAACACAACAAUCUCGAUUGUAAUGGAAUUCAUGGAAGGGGGAUCUCUUUAUGAUAAAAUAUCAAAUGAAGGAGCUUUAGAUGAGAAGACAGCAUCAGAAAAAUCUUAUCAAAUUCUUUGUGGAUUGGAAUACUUACACAAUAAAAAUAUUGUACACAGGGAUAUUAAAAGUGCUAAUAUAUUGUUAGAUUUAUAUGGGAAUUGCAAGCUUGCUGAUUUUGGUAUAUCAAAACAGAUACAAACAAUUCGUUCUCAUGCAGGAUGUAAAACAUCUGUUGGAACAUGUUAUUGGAUGAGUCCUGAAGUUAUUAAUCCGACCUUUCCUAAUUUUGAAUAUGGAAAAAAAGCUGAUAUAUGGUCAUUCGGUUGUACUGUACUUGAAAUGUUAACAACAAAACCGCCAUGGUCUCAUUUAGAUUCUACGGCUGCUAUAUUUCACAUUGGUAUGCAUCCAACUAUACCCCAUUUGCCUGAUAACUCCUCUAAUUCGUGUAAAACAUUUGUAAAUGAUUGUUUUCAACGUGACCCAAAAUUACGACCAAAUGUAUUGCAGCUGAUGUCUUAUGAUUGGGUUAAAAGAUGUGGAUAAAAAGAAAUUCGCAAUUCAAUGAUGAAAUUUGUUUCAGCAAAAUUAUCAACUGAAUAGUAAUCAAUAACUUUUGCAAGUAAAUAUCGAUACGUUUUGCAAGUUAAUAUCGAUACUUAAGUAGUUAUCGAUACGUUUUACAAGUAAAUAUCAAUUCUUAAAUUGCUCGAUAAAAAUUAUUUUUUAAAAUUUUUAAAAUAGAUGUCUCUCGAAGAUAUUUUUUAAUGUAAUUGUAUGUAAUUACUAGGGAUAUGUAAUUACUUUUAUUAUUUUAAUUAUUAGGGAUAUGUAAUAAAGGGAUAUGUAAAGGGAUAAUGUAUAAUUACUUUUAGUAUUUUUUAAUAUAUAAUUAUGAUCGAUUUUUUUUA